CAUGCAUUUGUUUUUCAGCUAUUAAACAGAAUCCCGUGUGCUGCCAUGGACAGUGUGGAGAUGGAAUCUGUCCAGAUUAAAGAGGAGUUCCCUGAACUUGAACUUGUACCCAUUAGAGUGGAGUUCUCUGGGCUGGCUUCCCUCCCCAUUAAACAGGAGCUCUGUGAGAUGCAAUGUGACAGCAGCCAGCCAGAGGUCUCUGAGGUUAAAGCUGAGCACAAUAAAUGGGAGAUCCCCCAGACAGAAGAACCCCUUCCUGUUAAACAAGAAGAGGUGCUGGAAACUGUCCGUAUUAAACAGGAGCCCCCUGAAGUAGAGUUUGACCACAUGGAACCAGUGAAGGAAGAAUCCGAGGACUUCAAACCAAACAUCUCUGAGCUGGAGCCUGUACGCCUGCGGGAGUGUAGCGUGGUGCUGGAGAGAAUCUGCGUGAGAGAGCAAGGCGCUGGAGAGGAAGACUCUCCCAACAGCACGCAAGGAGGUGGAAAGGAAGACGGGCGCUCCCAUUCAGAAUGCAGUCUAGCAGGUUCCAGUCCAGCAGCUAAAGUGAGGGCGGGAGCUGGAGAAUAUCCUGAUUGUGGGAAAGGUUUCACCCAGUUUGGGCAUUUUAAAACACACCAGCGAACUGACGCAGAAAAGAAACCGUAUCGUUGCUCUGACUGUGGAAAGAGUUUCAGUCAGUCAGGUACCCUGAAAACACACCAGCGAAUUCACACAGGAGAGAAACCGUAUUCCUGCACUCACUGUGGGAAGAGUUUCAGUCAGUCAAACAACCUUGUAUCACACCAGCGAAUUCACACAGGAGAGAAACCGUAUCGCUGCUCUGACUGUGGAAAGAGUUUCAGUCAGUCAAACAACCUUGUUUCACACCAGCAAAUUCACAGAGGAGAGAAACUGUAUUGCUGCUCUGAUUGUGGGAAGAGUUUCAGUUACUCAGGAACCCUGAAAGCACACCAGCAAAUUCACACAGGAGGGAAAACAUAUUGUUGCUCUGACUGUGGGAAGAGUUUCAGUCAUUCAAACAGCCUUCUUUUCCACCAGCGAAUUCACACGGGAGAGAAACCGUAUCGCUGCUCUGACUGCGGGAAGAGUUUCAGUUACUCAGGAGACAUGAAAGCACACCAGCGAAUUCACACAGGAGAAAAACCGUAUUGCUGCUCUGACUGUGGGAAGAGUUUCAGUCGGUCAAACAGCCUUGUUUCACACCAGCGAAUUCACACAGGAGAGAAACCAUAUCGCUGCUCCGACUGUGGGAAGAGUUUCAGUUAUUCAGGAAACCUGAAAACACACCAGCGCAUUCACACAGGAGAGAAACCGUAUUACUGCUCUGACUGUGGGAAGAGUUUCAGUCAGUCAGCCAGCCUUAAAACACACCAGCGAAUCCACAUAAGAGAGAAACCUUAAAGACUAUGUUAAUUGGGACUGUUUUAUCAUGAAGAAAAAAAUGUUAACCUUGCAUUAUGAAUUUGAAACAAAAACACUUUGGAAAUGUGAAAAAACGCCAAGUUCUCAAAAGUGCCCAGCCAUUUAACGUAGAGAUAUCAAAAACACAAGACAAGCUUCAAGAAACAAGUGGGGCAACCUUGCUCAGCACCAAGCAAAU